ACAGCGUUGAAUCCUAAACAGGAGAAACGGAAAAAAAUAGAAAGAAAAUAAAGGAAAAUUUUGUACUGUGAUUUGUUAGAGAGGUAGUAUUAUUAUUAUUAUUAUUUAUUUAUUUUUUUGUAGAGACAUGAGUCUCUACGGAAUUGGUUGACUCUCCAGCUUUUUUCCCACACCUUGAAUUCAUCGUUUAACAUCCACCAAACUCUUCAUUUCUUGGCAUUAAACUUAGAUUUCAAAGCUCAUCCAGCUCCAAAACCAAUCUGGGUUUUCCCUGUAUUCUCUUCCCAGAUCUCCAAAUCCCAAAAAAUUCCCAGGGAAGUUGAAAAUUUUGAACCUUGUUGUGGUUUUACCUCAUGGGUAAUUGCUGUGCAACCCCAUCUGAAUAUGAGAAGAAAGGGAAAAACAAGAACAAGCCAAAUCCCUUUUAUGGUGAGGAUUAUGCUGUGACCAAUGGAUCUGGAGCUACUAACUGGGUUUUGAAGGACCGCACUGGUCUUGAUAUUUCAGCUCAGUAUGAACUAGGACGUGAGCUGGGGCGUGGCGAGUUUGGUGUAACAUAUUUGUGCACUGAUGUAGACUCAGGGGACAAAUUUGCUUGUAAAUCCAUAUCCAAGAAGAAGCUUAGAACUGCAGUGGAUAUAGAGGAUGUGAGGAGGGAGGUAGAGAUAAUGAAGCAUUUACCUAAGCACCCAAAUAUUGUUUCUUUGAAGGACACUUACGAGGAUGACAGUGCUGUGCAUAUUGUGAUGGAACUGUGUGAGGGGGGAGAGUUAUUUGACAGGAUCGUUGCAAGAGGGCAUUACACAGAGCGUGCUGCUGCAGUGGUCAUGCGGACUAUUGUUGAAGUUGUUCAGGUAUGUCACAAGCAUGGGGUCAUGCACCGUGAUCUCAAACCAGAGAAUUUUCUUUUUGCAAAUAAGAAGGAAACCUCACCAUUGAAGACAAUUGAUUUUGGACUGUCAGUCUUCUUUAAACCUGGUGAGCAAUUCAAUGAGAUAGUUGGAAGCCCUUAUUACAUGGCUCCAGAGGUUCUUAAAAGGAACUAUGGCCCCGAGGUCGAUGUUUGGAGUGCUGGAGUUAUCCUCUAUAUUUUACUCUGUGGUGUGCCACCUUUCUGGGCAGGUCAGUCCUUGUAAUUGAGAGGAUUGAAUAUCUCUCUUAGGAUGGACGCAUAAGUUAUGAGGAGUUUGCUGCGAUGAUGAAGGCCGGUACAGAUUGGAGAAAAGCAUCAAGACAGUAUUCAAGAGAAAGAUUCAACAGUCUAAGCUUGAAGUUGAUGAUGGAUGGUUCAUUAAAUUCAGCUAGUCAAGCCUAGUUAAGAAGUAAAUCAAGUUAAUAUUGCAAGGGAAAGAAAUAUAUAUAUAAAUUCCUUGAUUUUUGCUGACUACAUGAUAUUUUUUUCUACUACUGGUUUAUUUUCAUUUCAUGCGGAUCAUUUGGAUAUA